CGCACUCCCUUCAAUCUCUGUGGUCCACAGAGGUUCAGCGUUUUUGCAAAAUAGUGCUCUGCUGGUGAAUGGCGUACUCGGAAUACGCUUGCGCUGUAGGCAUUACCAACCUGCUUUCCUGCCAAAUACAUGCCCUAGAUGCAGACUCACUGCGCGGCGUCGGAUACUGUGCAGGUGGGAGAGCCAAACACUCGCGUGAAAACUGACUGAGAAGAAGGCGAAAUGACAAGGACAGGGCUUGCACAGGCUUGAUAAAGAAAACCCUCCGUUAGUCGUCGCUGCACAUAUUCAAGUUAUGUGCCACAUCCAUCCAAUACUAACCAUCUCCAUCCAUCCGCAAUAUCACACCUUUACUCUCACCGAGUGAUGCUGAUGCUGCUGCUGUCUAUGCAGUGAAAUGUUUGGCACUGUCUGACUCUGCACCCGUCUGGAGCUGAGCCGUUUUUUCCCCAUCUCCAGCAUCCUGAUCCCGAGCUCCGACCCUGAUUAUUAGGAUCGACUGCAAGGCCCCUAACUCGUCAACCUCGACGUCCCUCUUUGCUUCGCCCAUAGAAGAUCGAUGAGCCUGGGAGGCCGUGCUUGAGUGGAGCCCUGCUGGGAGAAGUAAUGCUCUGUGUGUAGACCUUCCCCUCUUCCAAUCAUGAGCCACCAGGAGGCGCCACACGGCCAGGAGUUGAGAGAGGCGGCUGAGGCAGACCUGGAGCGUAGAGGCCCCGAGGGCCAACAGCCCCCCUCAUCCCACCGUAGACGCCACGACAACGGAGAUGGCAGCUCCCGCUCCGGUCGCUCCCGCAACCACCACAGCAACCACGGUACGGAGAAUAACCACUACCAGUCCCAACAGCAGGGGGCCCCACGCUACCGAAGGUACGAGGGAUCAAACGGAGGGACGAACCGCACACGUGCCACGAGGAGGCCGGCGGAAGAUGGUGAUACCGAGCAGCAACCUGUUCAGCAGCCCAUACCACGACCUGCAGUUACACGCUACCGCAGACAAGGAGACAACGAGGCCCGACUUCGGGCACAGCAACAGAGACAGCGACAGCGGGAGAGGCAGCAGAGAGAUGCCGAGAGAACCGAACAGCACAGGCUGGAUCAUCAACAGCAUCUCAUCUCCCCUACGCAAGCCAUGACGCCCGCCAGAGAGCCAGAGGAAGCUGAGGAAGACGAGGGAGAUGGUGGCAGCGCUUUGGCCCGAUCCGCCAGCACCGAGAGUGGCUUCCACAACCACACGGACCGGGCUGAGGGGGAUGCAGUCAUGGUUCUUGAAGCGGAGCCCGAAGACGAAAGCACAUACGGCAUCCCACUGCGCCCUGAAGCUGAGGAGUACACCGAGAGUGCAGAGUCAGAGCAACAGCACGGUGGUCCAGCUUACCUCCAACCCCAAUACCCACCUCAGCCACCGCCCCUACCUCGAGAGCCCCUGCCUAAUGCCGAGAGGCCCCAUGAUGCAGAGACGCUAAACCCCAACUACUCCAAUUAUGUUUACACUCAACCCAUGUGCCGCAGUCCCAACGGAGAAGGAGAGGCCCGUGAAGGUGGAGCAACAGACGAUCCAGAGCCAUACUCUGAGCCCUACACUGAAUACACCCUUCAGGAGCACGUUUACGAGGAGAUCACGGACGGCCCCUCGACCAAAGCUGAGGGACAGACUCCACAACAGCGUAGGGCAGAGUUCAGACUCUUCGAGCGUGAAUUGUACGAGCAACAGGAGGCAGUUGGGUCCAGGCUCCACCACUACGACGAGCGGUCUGACGGAGAGUCGGACAGCCCUGAAAAGGAAGCAGAGUUUGCCCCGUAUCCCCGAGUCGACAGCUGCGAGCAGGAUGAGGACAUUGACCAGAUUGUGGCAGAGGUGAAGGAGAGUCUGAGCUCGCAGAGCCUGGACCGUGUCGCCAUGGGCCUGGACAAGGACGGCGAUGAAGAAGAGUGGACCAAGUCAGAGUCCCAUGGUCAAAUGGAUGAAAUCAAAUCCCCGGAGCCAAUAAUUGAAGGAGAGGGGGGAGAGCAGCCCCCCAGAAGUCCCUCAGAAGAGACAGCUCCAGUCGUGAGGAGCAGUCGUGAAAAGAGAGAUGCAAUCUCACUGGCUAUUAAGGACAUCAAAGAGGCAAUAGAGGAGGUGAAGACAAGGACGGUGCGCUCGCCCUACACGCCAGACGAGCCCAAAGAACCCAUCUGGGUAAUGAGGCAGGACCUGAGUCCCACAGCAGAAUCUGACCUGCAGCCGUCUCUGGGGGCUGAUUCUCCAGGCUCAGGCUCCACGUCCCCACAGGGGGCGGAGUCUUCCAGCCGUCCCCUGCCGCCACACGAGGGGAGCGACAGCUUUGAGUCUCCAUCUCCAGCCAGUAAAGAGUCAAGGAGAAGUCUUGCUUCAUUCCCGACAUAUGUGGAAGUACCAGGCCCAUGUGACCCAGAGGACCUCAUUGAUGGUAUUAUCUUUGCUGCUAACUACCUGGGAUCCACCCAGCUGCUCUCAGACAAGACACCCUCCAAAAAUGUGCGCAUGAUGCAGGCUCAGGAGGCUGUGAGUCGCAUUAAGACGGCCCAGAAAUUAGCCAAAAACAGGAAGAAGGCUCCAGAAGGUGAAGCUCAGCCCAUGACGGAGGUGGAUCUCUUCAUCUCCACUCAGAGAAUCAAAGUGCUCAAUGCAGACUCACAGGAGACCAUGAUGGACCACCCUUUAAGGACCAUCUCUUACAUCGCUGAUAUUGGGAACAUCGUGGUGUUGAUGGCCAGAAGGAGAAUGGCUCGCUCUGACUCUCAGGAGAACAUGGAAGCCUCUGACCCUGCCCAGGACGAGAAGCGGCAAUACAAGAUGAUCUGUCACGUGUUUGAGUCUGAAGAUGCUCAGCUCAUAGCUCAAUCCAUCGGCCAGGCUUUCAGUGUGGCGUACCAAGAGUUCCUGCGUGCCAAUGGCAUCAACCCAGAGGAUCUGAGCCAGAAAGAGUAUAGCGACCUCCUUAACACGCAGGACAUGUACAACGAUGACCUCAUUCACUUUUCCAAGUCUGAGAACUGCAAAGAUGUUUACAUAGAGAAGCAGAAGGGAGAGAUUCUUGGGCUGGUGAUUGUAGAGUCGGGCUGGGGCUCCAUCCUUCCCACAGUUAUUAUAGCAAACAUGAUGCACGGCGGCCCGGCAGAGAAGUCAGGCAGGCUGAACAUUGGGGACCAGAUUAUGUCCAUCAAUGGCACCAGCCUGGUGGGAUUACCCCUCUCCACCUGCCAGAGUAUUAUCAAGGGAUUGAAGAACCAAUCCAGAAUAAAGCUUAACAUUGUGAGAUGCCCACCUGUGACCACUGUCCUCAUCAGAAGACCAGACCUGAGAUAUCAGCUGGGAUUUAGUGUGCAGAAUGGCAUUAUUUGCAGUCUCAUGAGAGGAGGGAUAGCAGAGCGCGGCGGGGUCCGUGUUGGCCACAGGAUCAUUGAAAUCAAUACCCAGAGUGUUGUGGCCACCCCUCAUGAGAAGAUUGUACACAUUCUGUCUAAUGCAGUUGGUGAGAUUCACAUGAAGACUAUGCCGGCUGCCAUGUACCGCUUGUUAACAGCCCAGGAGCAACCAGUUUACAUCUAAAGCUACAACGCUUUCUCAAGCCUCCUGCCCCGUUGUCACCAGAUAUAACCUUAAUCUUGAUGUGAAAGUGUCAGGCCUGUGGACUGGUGACUGUGUGAUUGAAUCCACUGAAGCUCUGCUCAACAUGGCUCUCCAUGACUUCACUGCCUCCCCUGAGCUCUUCAUCUGUUCUUUUCUGUUGCUGUGAGUGAGAUUGCUGUGCUGUGUUGUUCCUCUCUGUGUGCACUGGAACGAAGCAGAGAGAGAGUGUGAGAAAUAUUUAAAGAGCCCCAUCACAGGAAAUGGUGUCCUAUUGAAACCAGAUACCGACUCUUGUGUGAUGUGAGCGUUAGGUGGACAAAAAGGAGUUUGCCUUACCAUUCUUUUUUGCUGUUAUUUAUUCGGGCUUGGCAGUCAUCAAGCGUUUUAGAUUCAACUUUGAGGAAUGUCUGAGGAAUAUGGUGGAAAUAGCAAACUGUAACUUUAAUUCAUGAAAUGGAGUUUGAAUUGAAUUGGUCACAACUUACAGGAUGUUGAAUUUGAAUUUGAAUUGGAACGACAGGAAAAUACAUAUACUGAAUUGCAAUUUCAAAGACAUUAAGCAGUUAUUAACUCAUAAAAUAACUUUGCCUAAUUAUGUUUAUAUAUUUCCUCAUAUGUAUAAUGUAUUUUUCUUAACUGAUUACAUUUUCAAUUAAUACAGCCACCAAAAUUUUAAUUUUGUUGAAUUUGAAUUAACCACAAAAUGUACUUUGACAA